GGGACGCCCAGGAAGUACCGGUGGCUGAACCAGUGGUGCUGACUGGUGGGGCCGAACAGGGGCCGCCGAGUCUGUCUCAACUGCUGAACACACGUCACCAGCCAGCUGCAGGCCUAGGUCCUAGAAGAUGGCAGACAUGCCCAGUGGCGAGCCCUGCACCUCUCCACUGGAGCUCUUCAACAGCAUAGCCACGCAAGGGGAGCUUGUCCGGUCCCUCAAAGCUGGAAACGCACCAAAAGAUGAGAUUGACUCUGCAGUAAAGAUGUUGUUAUCAUUAAAAAUGAACUAUAAGGCCACCAUGGGGGAAGAAUACAAAGCUGGCUGCCCUCCUGGAAAUCCAACUGCUGGGAGUAAUAGUGACCCAGAUGCCACAAAAGCCAGCGAGGAUAUUUUGGAUCCGUGGACAGUGCGGACAAGCAGUGCAAAAGGCGUCGACUAUGACAAGCUCAUUGUUCAGUUUGGAAGCAGCAAAAUUGACAAAGAGCUGAUAAACCGAAUAGAACGGGCCACCGGCCAAAGACCACACCGCUUCCUGCGCCGGGGCGUCUUCUUCUCCCACCGAGAUAUGAAUCAAAUCCUGGAUGCCUAUGAAAAUAAGAAGCCGUUUUACCUGUACACGGGCAGGGGCCCCUCCUCCGAAGCAUUGCAUCUGGGUCAUCUCAUUCCGUUUAUUUUCACAAAGUGGCUGCAGGACGUGUUCGAUGUGCCUUUGGUCAUCCAGAUGUCUGACGAUGAGAAGUACCUGUGGAAGGACUUGACUCUGGAACAGGCAUACAGUUACACCGUGGAAAACGCCAAGGACAUCAUUGCCUGUGGCUUUGACAUCAACAAAACUUUCAUCUUCUCUGAUCUUGAGUAUAUGGGGCAGAGCCCAGGUUUCUACAAGAAUGUGGUGAAGAUUCAGAAGCAUGUCACUUUCAACCAGGUGAAAGGCAUUUUCGGCUUCACUGACAGCGACUGCAUUGGGAAGAUCAGUUUUCCUGCUGUUCAGGCCGCACCGUCAUUCAGCAGCUCCUUCCCGAAGAUCUUCCGAGACCGGACAGAUGUCCAGUGCCUCAUCCCAUGUGGCAUUGACCAGGAUCCGUACUUCAGAAUGACGAGGGACGUGGCCCCCAGGAUCGGCCAUCCAAAACCUGCCCUGCUACACUCGACCUUCUUCCCUGCCCUGCAGGGUGCUCAGACCAAGAUGAGUGCCAGUGACCCCAACUCCUCCAUCUUCCUCACUGACACGGCCAAGCAGAUCAAGAGCAAGGUCAACAAGCAUGCCUUUUCUGGAGGAAGAGACACUGUGGAGGAGCACAGGCAGUUUGGAGGCAACUGUGACGUAGACGUGUCCUUCAUGUAUCUGACCUUCUUCCUUGAAGAUGACGACAGGCUGGAACAGAUCAGAAAGGAUUACACCAGCGGAGCCAUGCUCACUGGGGAGCUCAAGAAGACGCUCAUUGACGUCCUUCAGCCCCUGGUUGCAGAGCACCAGGCCCGACGCAAGGCGGUCACCGAGGAGACCGUGAAGGAGUUCAUGGCGCCCCGGCAGCUGUCUUUCCACUUCCAAUCCUUUUGCUUUGACACUUGACUGAAGUGGAGGGCAGGCCAGAACAGUGUGUUGGCCAUGCCUCAGGCCGGUGGACCAUAGCUAGACAGAAAAGAACAGCAGCCAUCCAGGCCCCAGCAGUCUACCUCUGGGCUGGCUGCGUGUAAUGAGCCACCCCUCAGAGUCUUGGAAAAGCAGAAGCCGUAUCUCAGGGAAAGUCCCUGGUUGAAGUGUCUGUCCUCUGAAGACACAAGGGCCACUCUGAGUGUUCUGUCCUUGCAUCAUUUCCAGGCAAAAAAUAAUAAACGUUGUUGUGCUCCUG